AUGAGCCGCAACUUUUGCCCCGCCGCCUUUUCCUUCUGGGCUUCGCUUCUGCUGUUCAGGGAAGUUGCGCCCAAAACCCUGUCAUCCCAGAAUCUUUCUGACGUCUGUGGAACAAGGCCUCUUAUGAAAAAUACAGCAACAGGAACUCGAAUUAUAGGUGGACAUGAUGCUAUGCUAGGAGCAUGGCCUUGGCAAGUUAGUCUUCAAGUUUAUGCAAUUGGUCUAGGAUAUGUCCAUAUAUGUGGUGGAUCUUUAAUUAAUAAAAUCAUAGUGUUGACAGCAGCACACUGCAUUAAAAUGUCAGAGAACCCAGCCAUUUGGAGGGCUGUAAUUGGCUUGCAUAAUCUUAAUGAAGAUAACUCUCAUACAAUAAAACGUCGGAUUAAAGCUAUCAAUAUACAUCCUAAUUAUAUGGCAAACACACAUGACAAUGAUAUUGCAUUGAUAAUAUUAGUCAGAUCUAUCAAAUUCAAUGACUAUGUUCACCCGAUCUGCUUACCUGCCACAAAUCUUUUGAAAAAUCAACAGUAUCCCUGUUACAUAUCUGGAUGGGGUAAAACAAAAGAAAAAG